AUGGAUCGUGAACAAAAAGCUUCAUACUAUGAAGAUUUUCAGCAUGCAUUAUAUACAUUGAAAAUAGCGGUUGAAGAUCUGUGGCGUGUCGAACUUCAACAAUUCAACCAGCACAGUGCUAUUCCUGUUAAUCUGUCAAAUGCAAAACUAGAUUUGCAAGUUCCAUCAAUCUAUUCCUGUCGAACAAUUUUGCCGGGAGCUGGUGAAAAAAGUCUGUGUGUUCCGCCGAAUGCAAUCAGCGAUAAAAAUCUUCAAUUCAUGUCCUCGAAGGAAGAAGCACUGCGCUCUUUAAGUAAACAUCCGAGACACUAUGUAUCCAAUGACAGUGCUAUUAAGAAUCGUAAGAAGAAGGCUUCAUUACAUCUAAAAUUUCGGUGUCCACAGCACAUAUGA